GUGACAGUCCAAAAGUUACACACAGUCGCCGUGAGUCUACAGUGUAGAGAGUAGAGAAUAGCACAUGAGGGAAUUCUUUCUUAAGAAAAAAAGUUUGUCCAAUUUUGUCCAUUAUGGAGAACGUUUUCCUGAACCGUCAUUUCUCCGUGAGCUGUAGACUCCUGUUAGUGCUGACACUUACACUGAUGAGAAGAAACUCCGAAGCCCUCCAGGUGAUUGGUGGAAGCGCAACAGUGGUGAAAGGGGGAACCGCUAUCUUACCCUGCAAACUCAUUGAGACCUCAGAGACCCUGACUCAGAUUACAUGGCAGAGGAGAACCAGAGAAAAACCUAAAAAUGACAAUUUCUUUAUAAUCCAAUCGGAUGGACACCAAUAUGUUAAUGGACCUGAAAAUCGAUUUAAGUUUAUUGGGAGUUUUUCUGACAAAAAUGGAUCUCUACAGUUGUCCAAUGUUCAAUUGAAGGAUGAAGGCACCUACACGUGCAUCUUCACUUUGUUCCCCAGUGGAAAUCACAAGACAGCGAUACCUCUGAACCUGCUUGUGCCUCCAGUCACAAGCCUGAAGGGUAAUAAUUUAACUUUGGGUACUGGAGAAGUUUCUCUUGCUACCUGCACGGCUGCCGGCUCCAAGCCUCCUUCAGAGGUGACCUGGCUCACUGGUACCCUGGCAGUGAGGGUGACGACCAACUCCACCCAGCAUGACAACGGUACAACGACCACAACCAGCUCACUGUUUGGAGUCCCUACCACGGAAAUGAACAACCAGUCGGUUCAGUGUGUCAUCAGAACAACAGGCCUGCCUGAAGAACAAGUCCUGCCUUUGACCAUCCAAGUUCACUUCCCUCCCAUAGACGUGAUGAUUGUUCAACGUUCUGAAGACUCAUAUGAAUGUGUGGCCAACGCCAACCCAGAGGCAAAUUUCACCUGGAGCAGGUCUGAUCAGUCUUUGCCUGAGUCUGAUAUUAAAGUUCAGGGUUCAACUCUGCAGUUUUUGAGGAAGACCUCUAAUCUGAAUGGGCUCUAUCAGUGUGAAGCUGUCAACCUGUAUGGAAGAAAAGGUGGAGGUCAGCUCCACGUGUACAUGGAUUUUGCUUCAGGCUCCUGCACUGCUGCCUGGACCUUAUUUGGUCUUCUGCUUUCCCUGAACAUUGUAGCCUUCUUACUGUGGUACCUUCAUAAACACAAGAAUACUCUACUAAGGCCAGAAGUGGGGACACAUGGAGAAAAAAACGUGGUUCCAAAAUCUCCUCUAAGUGAUGACAGAAAAGAAGAGCAGGAAUCACUUUGGCACAAAGUUGCAGAAGCAAUGAGCAAAAAAGCAAAUGUUUGGGGAUCAUCUGAUCAGUGAAGAGUUGGACAGAGAACAUGGACAGGUGAUCCCACCAAGCCAUCACACAGCUUCCUGUUUACUGGCUUCAGGGAGGAGACUGAGGAGUCUGUGGGUUUAUACUGUAUAUUAUGUAUUAUACAUUGCCUCAACUAAUCUCUUUAUCUCCUAUUUUUUGCCUAUUUAACUAAGAGUUUGUCCCAGGAACUUUAUGUCCAUCAUGUGUCUUAGCUUUUAUCAUAUAUAUUAUUUUUGUUUGUUUGUUUAAUCUCAGAUGUGAUGAGAUGUACACUCCAUUUUUGUUGUUGCACUUUAGUCCGUUCAGGAAAGAUUUGCACCCUGUUGCACAUACAUCAGAAUUCACAAUAAAGUUUACUAUAUCUCUUGA